GCUGGAGCCAGGCGUGUGGAUCGGCCUUCAAAUUUACACACACGGCAAAAGGUGCUCCUCGACAACGGCACAUCAUUUAAGGUAAAAAUCCAUCGAUUUUCCAAGCAUCGUUAAUUAAUCUCCAUAAAUAAAGCAAAAAUUCAAUUCCCGCUAACUAAAUCUAACAAAGUUUGACGAUCAUAAUGCCCGUUUCAACGUAUCGUCACUUUAUAGCCUUAUCAUCCCAAAAGUCGUCUCGCGGGUUUUGCACGAAUUUCCUCGAACGCUACGACGUAUUGUUUGGUCGCGUUUCUUAUCGAUUAUUGUUCGAAUAUUUACGAAAAUGCCUCGUCGUAACUUUUAUUUUGCAAUGCGCUUAUACGAUCGAUCGAUAAACAAGAUCAGAAGUGUCGGCUCGAAAAAAACCGGCCUCGGAUAGGCAUUGCCUCUUUUAGACACAUUCUCGGGCGCCAUAAUAACGUUCCUCCAUAGUUUCACAUAUAGCCGCGAAUGGACAUGCGAUAGAUUACUUAUGCCGUGAAAACGCAAUUUUCCUGUUUUCGCUGAACAUUAGUAUAUAGCAUCCUCAGUGUUUGAUGUCUAUUGUUGACCAUGAGAGUGUUUAUUGGAUUUAUCAUUUCGGAAAAAAUUCUGAGUCGGCGGGAGGCGGCAGUGAAGGGGGGGAGGGACGUUCGUAAAAUCACUGCGAACACGUGCAUUCAGUCCUAACUUGAUCUCUUGAGAAAAAAGUACUCGGGAACACACGGCACCAAUAGCCCUUUAUUUGGCUUCUCCAGCUACUGUACGCGCGAGUCUAUAUCUGUAUUGCUAAAACAAAAUGCCAGAACUAACUGAGCUCGAUAAAGCUGCAUCGUCGGAGCCCACCAAGGCCGAGGCAGCAGCAGAAUCUGGAACUGACUCAGACUCCGAUGACACAAUCCCUGAAUUGGAAGAUGCCGCAACCGGAGGUGUCACCUUUGCAGGCAAUGUUCCAGGCAUGCCAGUUGACAUGGUUUCCAAGGCCAAACAGAGUCGAGGAGAGAAGAAGGCCAGGAAAAUCAUGAGCAAACUUGGCUUGAAACCCGUCACUGGAGUCAACAGGGUGACGAUCAGGAAGUCCAAGAACAUCCUCUUUGUUAUCAACAAACCAGACGUUCUCAAGAACCCGGCUUCAGAUACUUACAUUGUCUUUGGUGAAGCUAAGAUCGAGGAUCUUAGUCAACAAGCACAAGUAGCAGCAGCAGAGAAGUUCAAGGAACCACCAGUAAUUUCAGCAGCUGAAGCUGGUGGUAGCACAACUGUUGUGGCUCCUAUACAGGAAGAGUCUGAAGAAGAAGUGGAUGAAACAGGAGUUGAAGAAAAGGACAUUGAACUUGUCAUGAGUCAAGCAAGUGUAUCUCGAGGGAAGGCGAUUAAAGCUCUCAAGAACAAUCAGAACGAUAUUGUCAAUGCUAUUAUGGAAUUGACGAUGUGAUAAAUCAGCUUGGAAAAAUCGUUAGGAUAUGCUCGUUUCGGCUCUCUUUGUGGGGCAUUAUUUUAUCAUCCGUGAAUCACAUUUCUGUGUAUCUCAUUGCGCUCUGGAUUACGAAAUUUUGGGACAUAACAAUUUCGUGUCCUUGGACCAGUGUCAGUCCCAAGAAACAAAUUUACAUGUAUAUACAUAAUUCAUAUAAUAAAAGUAAACUUCAUAAGGCUAA